GUGUGAACAUCUCCUUUGAAAGGAAUGUUAUGGUCAGGUGGGCUGGGUGGGGUGAAACAGGGAGGGUAGAUGACCAGGAUAGGGAAAUGCUGGGGGAAAUGAAGCCAAAUGCCCAACAUCAAAGCUAGAGAAAUAAAGAACCACUGCCAAGUCCAAAGGUCAGGAGCAGAAUGGAAAAUCGGACACAGAGCCAAGGUCAGGAGCCAGCAGAACUGGAAAAAUGGAAACCAUCCAGCAACAAGACCAGGCCUGGCAAGACGACUGCUGAGAAUGAGCUGGCAGCAAGCCUAGCUUCACUGGCUCUCAACGGAGGCUCACACACAGAAGAGUCAUAGUGAAGACAGGGUCUGCUGGGUUUAAGUCAUGUUACCAAGGGAGACGAGGAGAAACCAGGGUUUCUUAACGCAGGGCCCAAACCCCUUGUGUUGUACACAAGACUGUGCAUUUGUGCAUGUUCUGAGGUUGUUAAAGGGAACAGCGCCCCCAAGGGUUAUUUUAAGGUUCGAAGCUGAUCAUCCAGCGAGGACAAUCCCUGCGGACUCCCCUCAGUCAGGGCAAACGCCCCCAAACAGCUGCAGGUCUCGGUCACCCUCCAAAGGGACAGAAUCCCCCUUGCCACUCGUGUCCCCAAGGGUUCAAGGCAGCGCUGCUGCCAUCGUAUUCCUCUGGGGAGCGCCAAGCCCCGGGUCUGAAAGACGCGUCAAUGCAUGUGUAGACGUAGUGCUGUCAGGGGUGAAGCUCUUGCGGGCACUUGGCUUGAGCCCUGGGAAUGGGAAAGAUCACAGCGAGCUGCGUUCGAGGAAUGAUCUAGAAGAAGCCUUCGUUCACUUCAUGGGGAAGGGAGCAGCUGCUGAACGCUUCUUCAGUGAUAAGGAAACUUUCCAUGACAUCGCCCAGAUUGCAUCAGAGUUCCCGGAAGCCCAGCACUAUGUAGGAGGAAAUGCAGCUUUAAUUGGACAGAAGUUUGCAGCCAACUCAGAUUUAAAGUUCUAGGUUAGAUGUUCCUUUCAGUAUUUCCUCCUCUGAGACCAGUAUUUGCUGUUAGUCACUGGAGAAGCUGACCCUGAGACCAGUCCAAUUGGAAAGUAUUCU